UGGAUAAAACUGAGGAAGAAGCGAAUCCAUAAGGGAGAAGAUCUCUCUCUCUCUCUCACUCUCUGUCUCUACCACCACAUAUAUACAAAGAGGAAAAAAAAAAAAAACAGAAGACUUACCAAAUCUCUCCACUCUUGCUCCGCACAUCGCCAAUGGCUUCUCUGAAGCUUUCACCUUCUUCGCCAAUCUCCAUCCCUAAGAGCAGCGGAUUUGUUGGUGUUCCUUUCUGUAGGAAAGGAGUAUCAUUUCUCGUUCGUGCUGAGCAAUCUCCGUCUACUCAUCUUCAGGAUAAAUGUCAGAGGCGUCUGGUGGUAACAUUCGGUGUUGUUUCUCCUUGGAUCUCAUUGCUUAGUAGAGCUCCAGCAUCAUUUGCUGCAGAAAGCAAAAAGGGAUUCCUCGCUGUCUCCGACAACAAGGAUGCAUAUUCAUUUCUCUAUCCGUUUGGGUGGCAGGAAGUUGUGAUUGAGGGUCAAGACAAGGUUUACAAAGAUGUGAUUGAGCCUUUAGAAAGCGUCAGUGUAAAUUUGAUCCCCACUAGCAAACAGACUAUUAAAGAAUUCGGACCUCCGAAGCAGAUCGCUGAGACGCUGAUAAAGAAAGUUUUGGCCCCUCCAAAUCAGAAAACAAACCUUAUUGAUGCAUCAGAGCACGAAGCCGAUGGGAAGACUUAUUAUCAGUUUGAGUUCACUGUUCAGGCUAGAAACUACACCCGCCAUGCAUUGGGUGUAAUCACGGUUUUCAAUGGAAAAUUCUACACAUUGACGACCGGAGCUAAUGAGAGGAGGUGGGAGAAGAUGAAAGACAGACUUCAUACAGUGGUAGAUUCCUUCAAGAUCACUGUUUGAACAAAUACUAUUAUCAAGUUUGAUUUGGUUUGGUUGCUUACUUACUUUACUGCUCUCUUGUUUUGAAAAAGCGGAUGUAUUUGUUUUCUUUUUGUUUUUUUUCUUGUUCAUUAUUCUUCUCCAGCAAGAGAGAUUCGAUACUCUGACUUGCCUAUUCUUCUUCUUCAUAACCUAUCUUCAUUUUCACAACAUGUAGUUUGCUCAAUUUGAUCCUCUUUAUCCCAGUCUCAAUCUUAAA